AUGUCUUCGUUCUUUGGACUGAGCAAGACGCGCACUUUCAAGCCCAAGCGCAAUGUGCCCGAGGGAACCAAGCAAUACCAACUCAAGCGCUAUGCUGAGGCUACUUUGGGUAGUGGAAACUUAAGACAGGCGGUGGUUUUGCCAGAGGGAGAGGAUCUGGAUGAGUGGUUGGCGGUCAACAGUGAGUCUAUGCGAAUGCUUGCAAGGUGGUUCCGCUCGAGCAGCGGUAUAGAGGGAGCGUCUGUGGUGUAGAGCAGCUGGGACGGGUGCUGUGCGCUGAUGGUAGUCACGCGAGCAAUCGCUCGAAAGCCAGCGCUGCUCACACUAUCAUGCUUCCUACCUUGCAGCUGGCGACUUUUUCAACCAUCUCAACAUGCUGUACGGAACCAUCACCGAAUUCUGCACACCCCACGAAUGCCCCAGCAUGACCGCAGGUCCUCGCUACGAGUAUCACUGGCAGGAUGCCAACUCUGCAGCAUACAAGCGACCCACUCGCAUGAGCGCACCAGAGUACGUCGAUUGCCUCAUGACUUGGACUCAGAACCUGCUCGACGACGAAGAAGUUUUCCCUUCCAAGCUCGGUGUGCCGUUUCCCGGCAACUUUCAAGCUACUGUCAAGGGAAUUUUGAGGCGCCUCUUUAGAGUGUAUGCGCACAUUUACAACCACCACUUUGCCCAGAUUUGCGCAUUGUCCAUCGAAGGUGAGCCUCUGAAAAUCAGUCUGCUUGCGUACGAAGGUGCGCGAGAGCUCAGGCUCGAUCCUUCACUCUGCCACCGCAGCGCACCUCAACACCUCCUACCGUCACUUUUUGCUCUUCGUCACCGAGUUCAACCUCAUCGAGAGUCGCGAGCUGGCACCAUUGCAAGAGCUCAACGAGGCCAUCCUCGAGGACUCGUAG